UAACGGUUUGUGUUGGAGGGAAGCGCAGUUUGUUUUGCGCAUGUGUGUUCCAGUGUGUUUGGCAAGUGUUGGACGUCAGGGGCUGAACUGCUGUCAACAUCACAAAUGCAAGAGGCAUAUCAAGCUGAGAUCCAGCACACGCAACAUCAGAGCUGAUUCAGACAUUCUCAGUGAAGAGCGAGAAUCCAACUGAUCAGAUGAGAGAGGGGACAGAUCCUGAGCUGAGCAUGUCUAUCGGCGGCUACCUCUCCACAUCAGACACAUUUGACAUCACAGAGCCGCCACAGUACUAUGAUGAUCUUGUGGAUCCACUGAGCUGCUCUUAUCAGGAACCAGAUCUACAAAGCCCUCUCUAUGGCCACCAGCCGUUCAGCCACGACAAUGUGCAGUUUUCAAUGUAUGGAGCGCCAAACGCUCAAGCGUGCAACCCGCAGUACCCCUACAGCCAUCAGUGCUCUGAAUUCACCUGUGAACCAGACAUUGAGGUCCAAAGCCCAACAAGAGGCAGCAUUGUCGGUCUUCAAGUGCCAAAAAGGCCCAGGAUGAACCAUGGAGCUCGAGUGAAGGGCCAGGAUGAGCUGUGUGUGGUGUGUGGAGAUAAAGCCUCAGGAUAUCACUACAAUGCCCUCACCUGUGAGGGAUGCAAAGGUUUCUUCAGACGCAGCGUGACUAAAAAGGCAGUGUACCGCUGCAAGACUGGUGGAAGCUGUGAGAUGGACAUGUACAUGCGGAGAAAGUGUCAGGACUGCAGACUGCGCAAGUGCAGAGCCGUCGGGAUGCUGGCAGAGUGUCUGCUUACAGAGGUGCAAUGCCAGUCAAAGAGACUGAGGAAGGGCACCAAUCACAGAGGACACAACGGAUCAACAGGAAGAGCUGAAGAGGACUACACUGAAAGCAGAAGUGUCUCAUCCACCAGCAGAUUCACCACACGGGUAUCUGGUUUCUCCAGAGAGCAGAGAUGCAUUCUGAAUAGAAUUGUUGAGGCUUAUCGUAGGUACAUAAUUCAAGACAACACGCACUGCCGGGUGCCUCUGUGGUCAAGUUUGACAAACAGUGUAGAUCUGACUCCUCCUCAGACGGAGAAGCUUUUGCAAUUUUUAAGGAGUGUACCUGGGUUUGAGCUUUUGGAUAGUUCUGACCAGAACACACUUCUGUCCAGCUCUUCAGUUGAAGUCAUGUUCCUACUCUUAGCUCAGCAGUUCUCUGAGAACCCCACUACUGUUAGCACUGCUUUAUACUCAGCUAAUUUGAAUAACUCAAACCCUGAUUGGGUGAGAACGUUAGAGUCCAAGACUGGGAUCAGGACAUUGACACACGCAGGGUUGAAUGAUGAGUUCUUGAGGUCUGUGGUAAAUUUCCUCCACAGCAUGGAGACUAUUGCGGUAACUGAGGCUGAAUAUGCACUUCUAACAGCGACUGCAGUGUUAUGCUCAGACAGGCCGUCUCUGCGUGCAGUGGGCUGUGUUGAGAACUUACAGGAGUUUGUUUUGGAGCUCUUGUCCCGAGCUUGCAGCUGCUGUAGUCAGGGGACGGCACAAGACCCGCGACGCUUUGCCAGGCUCCUGGGACGGUUGACAGAGCUGAGAACACUACGACACAACCACCUCACCCUUCUCCCACAGCAACCCUGGGGCAUGCAGUCUUGAGACAGCCUUUAGGGAGAGAGAUUUAUGACAUCUGAUCUCUGUUGCAAUACACUUUUCAUUUUUGUCCAGAACAAUAUCCCAGGUCAGUGUACUUUUGGUUACCCGUGUGCAAACAUAGUUUAGUUUAAUAAAAAAAUAAAACCAAUGUAAGCUGAUGAUUUCUUAU